AUGAAGUUUUUGCUUGUCAUUGCUGCUUUAUUCCUAAUUUCCUCGGAUGCCUUGGUCAGGGUUCCACUGUACAAAUUCAAAAAGACUCCACGUGAGCAUUUGGCUGAAGUCGGAAUAACGUCGUCCAUGCUCAGUGAGAAGUAUGAAUUAGGAGCUUCGCGAAAUGCUACAGAAAUGUUGAAUAACUACCUGGACGCACAAUAUUACGGUGAAAUCUCUAUUGGUACUCCUCCACAAAAAUUUAAAGUUCUCUUUGAUACUGGUUCGUCCAAUUUGUGGGUUCCAUCAUCCAAGUGCUCGUUCCUGAAUAUCGCUUGCUUGUUCCACAGUAAGUAUGAUCAUAGUAAAUCCAGCACUUACAAAAAGAAUAGUACCAAAUUUUCGAUCCGAUACGGAACUGGCAGUUUAACUGGAUUCCUUAGUGUAGACACCGUCAGAAUCCAGGGCGUCAGUGUCAAGAAUCAAGGUUUCGCCGAAGCAGUUAGUGAGCCCGGUCUGACGUUUGUUGCUGCUCAGUUUGACGGUAUCUUGGGUAUGGGCUAUCAAGAAAUUGCAGUUGAUGGUGUGCCACCAGUAUUCAAUAACAUCAUGGCGCAAAAACAAGUUGGAAAAUCAGUAUUCUCCUUCUAUUUAAAUAGAAAAGAAGGUGCCAAACCUGGUGGGGAAUUAAUCCUAGGUGGAUCCGAUUCCAAGCACUAUUCUGGAAAUUUUACAUACCUUCCAGUAACGAAAAAGGGCUACUGGCAGUUUAAAAUGGAUGGUAUUAGUGUAAAGGGAAAAGGUAGCUUCUGCAAAGGCGGUUGCCAGGCGAUUGCAGAUACCGGUACCUCACUACUUGCUGGUCCAACAGCUGAGGUCAAUAAAAUCCAAACUUUGAUUGGAGCAACUCCACUUCUCAAUGGAGAGUAUACCAUUGAUUGCUCAAAAAUCUCCAGCUUGCCACCUAUUACGUUUACUCUUGGCGGUAAAAAGUUUACACUGACCGGAAAACAAUACGUUCUCAAGGUAAGCUCAUUGGGGUUGGAUGUCUGCCUUAGUGGAUUUACUGGUAUUGAUAUACCAAAACCAAGAGGACCAUUGUGGAUUCUUGGUGAUGUUUUUAUCGGUCAAUAUUACACUGAAUUCGACAUGGCCAAAAACAGAGUCGGCUUUGCAAAGGUCAAGAAUUAAAUCUACUUACCCAAUAACUUACAAGCACGGUUAAUUAUUAGAUCCCUGCGAUUGAGGCGUAACAUGGUCAUAAAAAGUAGCGUUGUAUUAAAACUUUUACGCUAUUCUAAUAUUUAACUAGAGGAUAUCCUUAUUUGCUUUAAUGACACGUUAUUAUCAAUGCUAUUCAUGGCUAAUUAGUUCAUUAAUCUGGCAGCAAGAACUAAAAAUCCCUUCGGUAUUAGCCUUUUUGUUAUUAUACAUAAUAAUAAUUAUAACGAACCGCUCCAAUUUCUGGUGUCUGAUCAUGAUUUUUUGUCAUUAUCGUUGUAUGUGCCAGAACGCAUUCCGGUGGAAUGUAGUUAAUAAAGAGAUUUAAUUAAA